UUAUCCGCAGUAAAUUGGACAUGCUUUAUGUACGGUCUCUAGUUCGUCCGUCAUGCGCUCGCUGGCUGGGCUGAUAGUUGUAAUAGUGACGGCUACUUUCUACCUUUAUUUACUGUCGUAUUUUCUUCCCCCUGGACCUCAGCUGCUUAAACAUAAACAUGAGGAAGACACGGGAAAAUCCAGUGGCGAAGACAACCCGCAAAGAGAUAUUUCCUCCAGGUUGAAGUUCCCAUCAGAUCUGGAAGAGCUGAAAGAGAUAUCAGAGCUGUUGCAGUUUUAUAAGACAGAGCACACUGGAUAUGUGUUAUUACUCUUCUGCAGUGCCUACCUCUACAAACAGGCUUUUGCUAUACCUGGUUCCUCUUUUUUAAACAUCUUGGCUGGGGCCUUGUUUGGGACAUGGUAUGGUCUUCUGCUCACCUGUGUCCUCACCACAGUAGGUGCCACACUCUGUUUCCUCCUGUCCAAGGCGUUUGGCAAACAGACCAUUGUGAGACUCUUCCCUGAAAAGGUGGCCAUGCUGCAGAGGAAGGUCGAGGAAAACAGAAGUAGUUUGUUCUUUUUUCUGCUGUUUCUGAGAUUCUUUCCCAUGAGUCCCAACUGGUUCCUGAACAUGACCUCCCCAAUCUUGAAUAUUCCUGUCACCCUGUUCUUCAUGGCUGUAUUUAUCGGCCUAAUGCCGUACAACUUCAUCUGUGUCCAAACUGGGUCAAUGCUGUCUCGCAUCUCCUCUUUGGAUGACUUGUUCUCCUGGAGUGUGGUAUUGAAAUUGAUCCUCAUUGCUUGUGUUGCCCUGCUGCCUGGAGCUCUCAUCCGUAAAUACAGCACCCAACGUCUCCACCUGGAUGACCUUGAACCAAAUAGGCUCAGCCAAGACAAGAAGGACAGAUAAGGGACAGUGUGGGGUGGUUGGUUUGAACCCCUUUGGCCACUUUGUGUAUGGCUACUGUUUGUGAUUAAAGUGUCUCUUAAGAGCAUUACAAUUUGGCAGGAUUAUUUGUGAAUCUCAUUUGUGGCCUCAAUUUUUUUUAAUUUUUUUUAUGGAAUCAUAAUUUUUGAUGUGUUCUUUAUUUAGAAGACUGUUGUGUCUUUUAUUGACAUGGAUUUUAAUGUGAGUGGGAGUGAAUUAAAGGGAAAUUCUGAAUCCUGCCUUCAAUUUACAAAUCAGCAAAGAUUUGGAAAUAUAAGCAUUGGUACCUGAACCGGAAGAUAUCUGAGGUAUUUAAUACUGUUGUUCUGUACAUACAGAUGCUGAUACUGUGGCUUUUCUUUGGUUAUUGGGUUACUGCUGGUGAAAUUACUUUCACAUUUGCCUUAAAUAAUGAACUACCUCAAUAUAGUGGGAAAAUAUUGAAUAUUCUACCUUGGAGUUCCUGUAAAUAUUAAAUGGGCACACAAAGCUGUCAAGAUGCCAAUAUCCACAUAUUCAUCAUGGGAAUUGGGACCGAAUGCGUAUAUCAGUCUUGUAUUUUCAUUGGGUGCAUAACUAAAAUUGUGAAGUGCAAGAAUAAAGAAUUUUUAGAUGUGA